GUCUGUACAUCAUUAUGGAGUAAAAAAUACACUGUUUGUAUAGAUAGAGAGAGAGGCGAGGAAGAAGACGACGGCACGGCACGGCGACGACUUUCAGUUCUAGAAAGAGAAAGUGACGGCAAAAAGAACCGACGAAGAAAUUUACUCUUAUUUGAGAUUUGAAAAGGGAUAGUGGUUGGUUUAACACGAAAUUUGUUUGUGAGUGGGCGGUGGAAAUUGGCGAAUUCAAUGGCUAAGAACGACGGAGGAUCAUCCUCAUCCGCGGCUUCGAGAUCGGCUCCGGAGCGGCCGACGAUUACUCUGCCGCCGCGGAGUUCGGUGGAGAGUUUGUUUACGGGCGGGUUUAUGAGUGGGAUAAGCCCCGGGCCUAUGACUCUAGUGUCGAAUUUUUUCUCGGAGGGAGAUUCCUACUCUGAGUGCCCCUCCUUCUCCCAGUUGUUAGCUGGCGCCAUAGCUUCUCCCGUGGCUCUGGGAGGUGUUCGGCCGCCGCCGCCGCUUCAGCCUGUUGAGGCGAAGGAGGAGUCCGGUACUGGAAGCGGUGGAGAUGCAGAUUUUAGAUUGAAGCAUAAUCGGCCGGCAGGGUUGGCGAUAACUCAACAGUCAAUGUUUACCAUACCGCCUGGUUUGAGCCCGGCGACUUUGCUUGAUUCACCCGGAUUUAGUCUUCUCUUUUCGCCUGGCCAGGGCCCUUUUGGAAUGUCUCAUCAGCAAGCACUUGCUCAAGUUACAACUCAGGCUGCACAGGCUCAAGUCCAAAUGCAUAUUCAACCUGACUACCCUUCUUCAUCAGCAGCUCCUGCAACAUCAUAUUCACAGCUACAGACUAUAGCAUCAAAUGCAACAAUAAAUCAACAGGUGCCUUCUCAAGCAUCUGGUCAUAAUAUCAUGAAAGAAUCAUCUGAAGUUUCCCAUUCUGAUCAGAGAAUAGAACCAGCUUCCUUUCCUGUUGACAAACCUGCUGAUGAUGGUUACAACUGGAGAAAGUAUGGACAGAAGCAUGUCAAGGGAAGUGAAUUUCCUCGAAGUUACUAUAAGUGUACACAUCCAAAGUGUCCAGUCAAGAAGAAGGUUGAACGCUCUCUCGAGGGCCAAAUAACUGAGAUUAUAUACAAGGGUCAACACAACCACCCACCGCCUCAAAACAGAAAAGGGGCAAAGGAUCCUGGAAACUCCAAUGGGCCCCUUCAAUGUGGCUCUGAACUGAGCUCUGAAGGCCUGACAACAAAUUUUAACAAGCCCAAGGAUCAAGAAUCAAGUCAAGCUACACAUGAACAUGUGUCUGGAUCAAGUGAAAGUGAAGAAGUGGGAGAUGCAGAAACUAGAGCAGAUGGUGGAGGUGAUGAUGAACGUGAAUCAAAGCGGAGGGCCAUAGAAAUGCCGGUUCCAGAUCCAGCUACAUCUCAUCGGACAGUUACAGAACCAAGGAUUAUUGUUCAGACUACUAGUGAAGUUGAUCUUUUAGAUGAUGGAUACCGGUGGCGAAAAUAUGGUCAGAAAGUUGUUAAAGGGAACCCCUACCCAAGAAGCUACUAUAAAUGUACAAGUCCCGGGUGUAAUGUACGAAAACACAUUGAGAGGGCCGCAAAUGAUCCUAAAGCUGUCAUAACAACAUAUGAGGGCAAGCAUAACCAUGAUGUUCCUGCUGCUAGGAACAGCAGCCACAACACAUCAAACAACAAUACCAUGCCACACAACGUGGCAGGUCAACAGCUGGCUGCAAUUAGAACAGACUAUUCUAGCAAUGAACAGCAAGUAGCUCUCUUACGAUUCAAAGAAGAACAGAUUACAUAAUAUAUGGGGUUUCACUCAACAGACGGUUGAGAAGGAAGCUAGCAGGCAAUGGCACAUUUCCCGCAAAGCAAGAUAGAGAAACACAAAAUAUAUUGGAACAGACCCAAUACUUGUUGUUCUACUCAGCUACAACCUACAGGUUAUGGAUCAAGAAGAAAUUGCCCAUGAUGUUUCACAUAGAAACCACUUUAAAAUCUUAUUCUUUUUGUAAAUGCCUUAUAUUUAUGAAUUUAUCCCAAAGGUUUUACUGUUUCUUGCCGUGGAAUGAUCGGUGAUCGUUUCAUUUGUUGUCGAUCAUUUCAAACUCAAACUCAUGUUGAUGAUUUGAUAGUUGGUUUUAAGAUUUUGUGAAAAGGUUUGUACACCAAAA